AUGUUUCUGUCCCUUUCCUACUCCCAGGGACCACAUUUCGCCUUUGCUCCGUGUGCAAUCAACAUACUCAACAAGAAUUCACGACUCACAGAAGUGAACUGCCUGAUCUUCUUCUCCGCGCAGCUAGACACAAAUGGAUUGCCAGAACUGACCCCAACUUUGGCCCCUGGUGAGACUACUAUUGUGGCGGUCGGCUUUGACGCGACCGAUCUAACGGGAAUAGUUAAACAGAAAGGAAUCGCCGUCAGUGUCCCUUAUGCGUUCACAACAGAAGACGUUGAUAGUGUCGUCAAUGCUGUAUUGCUUGAUUACCAAGUUCCAUAA